GUUGUGCGUAGCUGCUUUCCGGAAAGCCCGGGAACAUCUUUGCGACUUGCCUGGACGAGCAUGUCAGGGGCUCGGCCGCUUCGCUAUGGGCUGGAGGCUAGGCGUUUAUGACCCCUCCAGUCACACACUGAAGAUUUUUUUCUCUCUAAAGCCGCCACUGCUAACCCUGAAGGACUACUGCCUGUGUCUUUAGGAAUUAGACUUAAUACUUGAGGUUUACUGCUGUUGAAGGAAGAAAUCCUUCAGACUAUUUUCCUAAUAAAGAAGAAAUUACCUUGUUUACAUCAUGGAGAAAAGAAAAGAAAAGAAAAAUUGCAAAGAUGAUCUUCUGCUUAGGAUGGGACUGAAUGAUAAUAAAGCAGGAAUGGAAGGACUGGAUAAAGAGAAAAUAAACAGAAUUAUAAUGGAUGCCACAAAGGGGUCCAGAUUUUAUGGAAAUGAGCUCAAGAAGGAAAAGCAAGUCAAUCAACGGAUUGACAGUAUGAUGCAACAGAAAUCUCAGAUUACCAGCCAGCAGUUAAGGAAAGCGCAGUUACAGGUUGACAGAUUUGCAAUGGAAUUAGAACGGAACCGGAAUUUGAACAAUACCAUAGUUCAUGUUGACAUGGAUGCUUUCUAUGCAGCUGUAGAAAUGAGAGACAAUCCAGACUUGAAGGAUAAACCCAUUGCUGUAGGAUCAAUGAGUAUGCUGUCUACUUCAAAUUACCACGCAAGGAGGUUUGGUGUUCGCGCAGCCAUGCCAGGAUUUAUUGCUAAGAGACUCUGCCCACAACUUAUUAUAGUGCCCCCGAACUUUGACAAAUAUAGAGCUGUGAGUAAGGAGGUUAAGGAGAUUCUUGCUGAAUAUGAUCCCAACUUUAUGGCCAUGAGUCUGGACGAAGCCUACCUGAACAUAACACAGCACUUGGAGGAAAGGCAAAAUUGGCCUGAGGACAAAAGAAGAUAUUUCAACAAAACGGGAAACUCUGUAAAAACUGACUCAGAUAAACCUGGAGAGGAAGCUCACAAACUGAGUGAGGAGGAACCGGCCAGCUCCCCACUGCUGUUUGAAGAUAGUCCUCCUGAUUUGCAACUCCAAGGAAACCCUUUCCAACUGAACUCUGAGGAAGAAGACAGACCUCAAAUACUCCGAAAUUCGGUUGUUUUUGGAACAUCGGCUGAGGAAGCGGUGAGGGAAAUUCGCUUCAGAAUUGAACAGAAAACGACCCUGACAGCCAGCGCAGGUAUUGCCCCCAAUACAAUGUUAGCAAAGGUGUGCAGUGAUAAGAAUAAGCCAAAUGGACAAUACCAAAUUCUCCCCAGCAGAAAAGCAGUGAUGGACUUCAUCAAGGACUUGCCUAUUAGAAAGGUUUCUGGAAUAGGAAAAGUUACGGAGAAAAUGUUAAUGGCUCUUGGAAUUGUUACUUGCACAGAACUCUACCAACAGAGAGCAAUGCUUUCUCUCCUUUUCUCAGAAACAUCUUGGCAUUAUUUCCUUCACAUUGCCCUGGGUCUGGGUUCAACAGACCUAGCAAGGGAUGGAGAAAGGAAAAGUAUGAGUGUUGAAAGGACGUUUAGUGAAAUAAGUCACACAGAGGAACAGUUCAGCUUAUGCCGAGAGCUGUGCACUGAACUUGCUCGUGACCUCCAGAAGGAAGGACUGAAGGGGAGAACUGUUACCAUUAAGCUGAAGAACGUGAAUUUUGAAGUAAAAACUCGUGCAUCUACAGUUCCAUCCGCUCUUUCCACUGCAGAAGAAAUAUUUGCCGUUGCUAAGGAGCUGCUAAAGACAGAAGUUAACGCGGGUUCUCCACAUCCCCUGAGGUUAAGGUUGAUGGGUGUUCGGAUGUCCACUUUCUCCAACGAAGAUGACAAGAAGCACCAACAGAGGAGCAUCAUUGGCUUCUUACAAGCUGGACACCAAGCUCUGUCAUCUGGGUGUAGUCUAGACAAAACUGACAAAACUGAGUUUGUAAAGCCUUUAGAAAUGUCACCUAAGAAGAGUUUCUUUGAUAAAAAGCGAUCAGAAAGGGUCUCGAGCCAUCAAGAUCCAUUCAGAUGUGAAAUUGUGGAUCAGCAAGCUUUACAGCCCUCACAACCAUCCCAAGCUUUAAAGAAGAUGAGCGAGAGUUUGGAAACAUCAGAGAAUUCAAAUAACUGUCAGACAUUUACAUGUCCAGUUUGCUUUAGGGAUCAAGAAGGCAUUAGUCUGGAAGCCUUUAACGAACAUGUAGAUGCAUGUCUUGAUGGACCAUCAGCCAGUGAGAACUCGGAAAUGCCCUCUUUCUCACAUGCUUCCUCAGCAGAUUCUGGUCAGCAGGAAUGUACACACCCUUCGAUUACACUGUGUGAGAAACAGGAUCAUGAAGAUGGAGAGGUCACUUCAGCAGAUGGUGUGGAUCUCGUAGAGACUGAAGACAACUCAUUGAGAGCAGCAAGUAUGGACACUUUAGGAAGUAAUCACAGCAAAGAGGAAUAUCCUGAUAUUCCAAACCACUCUUGUCCUGUUUCAUUGGCAGAUGAAACUGUCAGAAUAUUAAGUAAGCAAGAGUCCAUCCAGCCCUGUACAGAUGAGGUAGUAACAGGACAAGCUCUAGUUUGUCCUGUCUGUAACCUAGAACAAAAGACUUCUGAUCUUACCCUCUUCAAUGUACAUGUGGAUAUUUGCUUAAAUAAAGGCAUUAUCCAAGAACUGAGAAAAAAUGACAUUAAUUCAGUCAAACAAUGCAAAGAAAGCUCCAGAAAUACUGCAGACAGACUUCGGAAGGCUGCAAGAAGGACAGAAAGGCGGGGACUGAAGGCAAAGUGUUCCACGUCAAAGAAAACAAAACCUCCGAGUCCCAGACACACCCUUGAUAUAUUUUUUAAAUGAACUUUGACCAUUUUAUCAACAUUUUUAUUGAA